AUGCCAAGGCUGCCGGCGAUGGCCCCCGAGAGUCGACUAAACGGCGCUGACGGACGGUCUACUAGCACCCCUGUUUCUGUGUCUGCGUCCGAUCUUCGCCGAGUUCUCCGCGAUCGACAAAAAGCGCGAAAUCGCAUCUCGUGUCUUCCGUGUCGAGAACGCAAAGUGCGGUGUAAUCGCGAGCACCCGUGCCUGACAUGCAUCAAACGCGACCAUGCGGACCUGUGCAUCUACACCGACGCGCCAUUUCCGGCACGCUUGAGCAGUGUACAGCCUGUUCCUGCAGUCUCAACCACGCCGCCAGCUUCGCUAGCUUCAACUGCCUUUCGCCACGCAGAACCUCCCAACCGACAGUCGCCCUCGUUGGACCACCAACAGAGGCCCUUGGAUGGUGCUUACGCACAACCAACGCAGGACUCCCCGUCUUCGUCCUCGGGGAUGCCACUUUUGGGUGGCGGCUCGCUGCUGGCCAUUGCGCGAGAGCACGACUCGGAGACGAAUGGCGUCGAUGACGAUGCUGGUCGAGGGGACGUAUUGGAGAAUGCCGUCAUGCCGUUGCUGGGAGUUCCCGGAAUGGACAACAACAGCCGCCCGGGGACCUCGUUGCAAGGCGACGACCUGUACGCCGACUUGCCCCGAGACCGAGAACUGCUGGACCUGUUUUCCAUCUACCGGACUAGAGUGCAUCCUUUCCAGCUUAUCCUCGCCGACAUCGAAGCGGUCGAGAGCGAGCUGUGCGCGAUCAUCAACCGGCGAGCCAGAAGCAGAGGCCUGUCUGGCGCGGAUGCGCAGAACGCUGCGACAGUACCGGUCCGGCGCCAGUUUUUGUGCCUCGUGCACGCUAUUCUGGCGACGAGUGGGCAGUUCUCGGACCUUUCCGCCAGCGACCGGAGCAACAUCUCACGACGACACGUACGGUGUGCCUUUCAGAUGCUCAUGGCCGAAAACUACUUGCUCCAGCCGUUUCACGAGGGCGCGGCUUGGAUCUUGAGCGGUAGUACGAUCCGCAUGGCCAUUUCCCUGGGCAUCCAUGCAGCAAGUAGCUGCCCAAAACUAGGGCCACCGCCGGUGCCAGCUGAGACGGCACGGAGCAUCCGGUUGGCCAUUGUAUGGCAGGAUGCGCUUCUCUCGUUGGCCUUCAACCGGCCACCGGCAUCGCAUGAUAUGGACUCGGUGCAGGAUCUCCCAGUCCUCGACCAGCGAAUGGAUGAUGGCCCCAUGGGACUGAGCUAUGGACAUGCUAUGAACUGGCUGUGCCACCUUACGCUCAAGCACUGGCAGUACGCGGUAAGCCGGCCAGGAGACCGAGCUAUGGACCGGUACACGAACCUCUUCAGCGACAUGGACGCCUUGGAAGGCGCUCUUCAGGACCAUCUUCGCAGCCGAGACGCCUGCCAUUCGAUCCAGGCCAUCCAGGAGCUUUACAGCUUCGAGGUGAACAUGAACUUUACCAUCUCGACCUUUUGCCGCCCGAUUCUAUCAAAAGACGGGCUUCAGGGCCUCACCAAGGCCGAGGCAGAACUGGUCCUAGCUCGUUUGCAAGAUUCACUGAAGCGCAGUGUCAAGGCCUUUAUUCGGACAAGGUCUGUGACGGGAUAUGCCAGCCGAUCGUGGGCCUUUGUGCACAACGGCCUGACGUCGGCGCUGCUGCUGAGCUUUGUGAAGGAGACGCGAAAUGAGGAUGAGUCGAGACAGAUCCAGGACGAACUCAUCAAGAGUCUGGCAGAGGGCGACGGGAUCCUGGCGUCGGAAUCUGGCGCGUCAUCCGGGGGCGACUGUGCAAGACAGAUGACGAUUGCACACAGAAAGUCGCUCAAGGCCUUGAAGGCGCUGCGGAAAAUAUCCGAAGAGGAGCGCCAGCGGACAGUCCGACCAGGCCUGCGAGGCCAGCCGGACACGGAGACCGGGGAAGACCCGAUGGAUUGUCCUGAGAAUCUUGCUUUUGCCGGAAAUGCAAUGGGCAUGUAUCAAGACCCUGGAACAAUUGAGUUUGACGAGCUUCUGCGCUCAUUCGACUUUGGCUCUGCAUUGCCCAUAGAGGCGUUUGACUACAUCACUUUUGAUCCAAUGGCACCCAGCUUCUAA